AUGUCACAGCAGGGAUCCUUUGGCAGAAGAACAUGGGACAGAAAUGAGUAUGAGCGUAUGGCUCAUGAAAGGCACAAACAGGAACAUCAAAGCCAUCAACGGCAAACUGGAAAGUCCAGGGCUAAGAUCAUUGAUAGAGCCAAGUUGAACUUUGAAUCUAAUCUAAACAAGAGACAAGUCAUCACGGGCCAGGUUGGUGGUAUGAGAGGUGAAGGUGUUGGUUUCAGAUGUGAACUAUGCGAUCUAAGGUUCAAGGACAACCUGAAGUUCGCCGAUCAUUUGAACAGUCCUCAACAUAUGAUGAACAGUGGUGAGAAGAUGGUUGAGCCUGCAACGCUGGAACAAGUUAAGGCUGUCUAUGAAGAGCUUGUAAGGAGGAAGACUUCCAAUGACGACACUCAGGAUAAACCAGGCGUCACUGACACAAAUGACUCCCACGAUGAAGAUGCCCUUAGGACAAAGAGAGCGCAGAAUCACCCAAUUGCAAAGGACGAUGACAUGUCCAAGGCCUUGGGUUUCAAUACAUUUGGAAGUACGAAAAGGUGA